AUGCAGAAAUCUCUCAUGAACGCAUCAUCAACUACAAUUUUCUGCGUGUAUGGCUUAGUGGCCACAAAGGUGAAGAUAAAGCUGAGUAGUUCAUAUAUCCUUUCGGACCAUAAAAGUUUCCUUCUUGAUUGCAACCAACCAAUUAUACCCUUAAUUAAGUUUGUUUUUCCAGAAAUAUCAAGAGGAAAGAUGAAGUUUAUGCGACUUGGGACAAGGCCAGACAACUUUUAUACAGAAGAAGCCAUCCGGACUGUAGUUUCAGACUUACCAAGUGAUCUAACCAUACGUGUCAACAACAUCACCUAUCUUCUCCAUAAGUUGCAGUUUCCACUUGUUCCAAAGUGCGGCCUCUUACAGAGACUUUGCUCUAAUAGGGGGGAUUCCAGCAGACUGACACUGGAGCUUCAUGAUAUCCCUGGAGGUGAAGAUGCUUUUGAGCUGUGCGCUAAGUUUUGCUAUGGGAUCACUAUUGAUCUCAGUGCCCAUAACUUUGUGUCAGCAAUAUGCGCUGCUAAGUUCCUGCAGAUGACAGAAUCUAUUGAGAAAGGAAACUUUGUCUCAAAGCUAGAGAUGUUCUUCCACUCAUGCAUCCUUGAAGGGUGGAAAGAUUCAAUUGUCACACUGCAAACAACUGGAAAGCUGCCUGAAUGGUCUGAAAAUCUUGGGAUUAUCAGAAAAUGCAUGGAUUCUAUUGUCGAGAAAAUACUCACUCCACCCACCAAGGUUAGAUGGUCAUACACUUACACGAGAGAUGGGUAUGCAAAAAAGAAGCAUCAUCAAUCGGCACCUAAAGAUUGGUGGACAGAAGAUAUAGCAAAUCUUGAUAUAGACCUAUUCAGAUGCGUACUUAAUACCGUGAAAUUAACUAACAUGUUGCCACCACAACUUAUUGGUGAAUCUUUGCAUGUUUAUGCAUCACUUUGGCUUACAAGGAGUACACCCGACCCUGAAACCUCAGUAGAAUCUUCAAGCAAAAAAAGACUACUUGAGACUAUCAUUAGCAUGAUUCCAGAAGAUAGAGGAUCUGUUUCUGUUGGAUUCCUGUUGAAACUCCUUAAUUUAGCAAGUAUUUUAAAGGCAUCACCAGUGAUCAAGACACAACUAAUUAAGCAAUCUAGUUUGCAAUUAGAGGAUGCGACACCAAGCGAUUUGUUGUUACUUUCAUCCGGAUCUUCUGAUGAUAAUAAUAAUAAUAAUCACAUCCAUGAUAUUGACUUGGUUAAAGCUGUUGUGGAGAGUUUUAUCAUGCGAUGGAGACGAAAAUCAUAUUCUAGACAAGAUUUGAUUAUAAAAGUUGGAGAACUUAUCGACUCUUAUCUUCAAAUAGUUGCAAGGGAUGUGAAUAUGCCAGUACAGAAAGUACUGUCGCUUGCAAAAGCUUUACCUGAAUUUGCUCGCCCUGAGCAUGACAAUCUGUACAAAGCAAUCGACGUCUAUCUACAGGAACAUCCUCAAACGAGCAAGGAAGAGAAGAAGCAGCUCUGCAGUAUUAUAGAUUGCCAAAAACUGUCCCCAGGAGUUUGUGCUCACGUUGUGAAAAACGAAAGACUUCCAGUGAGAACGGUGAUGCAAGUCCUCUUCUUUGAGCAAGAGAGAAGUGGCAGCAAGGCAACAACAAGACAAGAUUUUCAACAUUCUGUAACACAAUCCAAAACUCAACAAUAUGACAGACGAAAAACAAUUUCUGAGGAUCACCUGAAAAGUUUACAAUUAGGCUCCAGUGAUGCUAUAAGAAGUAAGACUCCUGAUAGCACAAGACAAAAAUCUGAACCAGAAUCGAAGCACAAGUCAAGGAGGACAAAGGUUGUGGGAAUGGGAUCCCAGAUAGUAGAGGAAGGAAGUAAACUGGAUUCCAGGAAGACAGGGAUACAAACAAGUAGAUCAGGUGAUGGUGAUAAUAAAGGCAGACAGAGGUAGAAGAUCGACACCUCCGACAAUUAGUUCUUACCAAAACCCAAGGCCAUGCAUAAAACCAACCUUUCUUAAUAUUCCAUAUAUGAAAAAGCCAAAUGGUGGAGGAUUUAAAGUCAGUGGAGUUAUGUAUUGGCAUAUGGG